AUGCUUUCAAAGAUCUCUACAAUGCCCUCAAUGCCCUCAAUGCUCCCAUCCAUCUCCUUUAGACGGUUUGUCUCGGGUGCUGCUGCUGCUUCUAGUGCAGUCCCUAAUGUGCUCUCUCCUGCCCAUUUAGCUUAUCUAGACAGAGUAAUCAGAGUUGACCAGGCUGGGGAGUUGGGCGCGAAUUAUAUAUACAUGGGCCAAUACUGGGUGCUUGCAAACAAGUACCCCCACCUAAAGCCCGUGCUCAAACACAUGUGGGAGCAGGAGAUCCACCACCACAACACAUUCAAUAAACUCCAAACGAGAAAAAGGGUAAGGCCUUCGCUUCUCACGCCGUUGUGGAAGCUAGGCGCUGUUGGCAUGGGCGCAGCCACGGCUGCGCUCAGCAAAGAGGCUGCUAUGGCAUGUACGGUAGCAGUAGAGACUGUUAUUGGAGGGCAUUACAAUCAGCAACUAAGAGUGUUGAUGAACUUUGAUAGUGACGAGGUGAGGCAGAUUAUGGAGAAGAUUCUGCAGUUUAGAGAUGAGGAGUUGGAGCAUUUGAAUACUGCUAUUGAGCAUGAUGCAGAGAGUGCUGUGCCGUAUAUGGUGAUAACAGAGGGGAUUAAAUUGAUAUGUAAGGGGGCUAUAUGGGCAGCGGAAAGAAUAUAG